AUGGACACGGAAGGUCCAAGCUACAGGUCCGGCUAUGAUGACGAAGCUCAGCACGAGUACCUGGACCAACAGGAAGGGCUCUCAAGCACCAUGCUCAACAAGGAUGUGGACGAGGGUAUGCUUGCAGAGGAAACGACAAACAUCAUCGCACCCAUCCAUAGUGGCGGCCACAGGGCCGCUAUGGAAGGAGGAGUAGAUGACGGCCAAGAAGGAGAGGACGGACUCGGAAAGGACGACCCGCUUGGCCGAAAUUUGCUCUAUCGUGCAAAUGCAGCCGAAGGUGUCUCUGCAGGGGCUCCCACGAACCCGACCCCAAGGGGGUUGAUGGCAAGCCCCUUUCGUCCUCCUGAUCGAGGAAGCGGGGAAGAGUUCACUGCGAGGCAGCAGGAAAUCAAGGAUGCUAUUGACGCCUCGCGAGUGUUACUAUCUGCUGAGUGGUUAUACAACGCCUGGACGCGAGAUGACAAUCCGCCUGCCUGGCGGGAUGCGCUUGCAGCCCUGUCCACCGAAAAACUCUUACCUGGCUACAGCCGGUAUGUCUUCACCAUGGGCCAAGCCAUGUCACCCGCUAAUAAAGCCGAGGGACGCCUCAAGUCGGUAGUCGAAAUCUGCCUUGACAUCGACAAAAUUCGUGCCUCGGCUGUCCGGCUGUUCAAGGUUCGCACCGCCAUCCUUGGUGUCGACAUCAAAUUUGCUCCAGAAGCAGACGUUGACCCCUCUCUUUUCAAAAUCAAGUACGAAGGAUUCCAUCUCGAGCACGACAAGACCAGCCGCAGCUUAGGAGAAGGCUUGUUGGCACUUUACUUAGAUCCUGUCCUAGCAAGAAGCAUCGAUUACAUAGAUGACUUCAUCCGAACCGUCAUCACCCAGCUUAAUGCUCGAGGAUACGAGCUGCGCUGCCUCUGGUCGAUCUUUACCAACCUACGGGGCGCGAUCAACGGACCGCCACGAUACCGCGAGGAGCUGCUGGCAGUGGUCGAGUUGAUCGGUGAAGAUCGCAAGGUCCAUGGAUGGCUGUACGUCCCUGGGUCUCCUCGGUGUUAUGUCUGGUACCCUGGGCGCGGACGCUGGUGUUACAAGUGCACGUGGAGGGCAGAAGAGCAACAUAAGGAGACCGCAGAGUGCAAGGCCGCAGAAGCUAAGCGGCGUAGCAAGGCUCGCGCUGCAAAGGCGGUCCCCAGGAAAGAAUCCAGCAUCGACCCCGUCCCCCCAAUGAGAGGACACAAGCUAGCAGGAUGCGGGCCUCUGCAACCGCAGCGCCAGUAA